CAAGACUUCCUGGUCUACCAAGAAGUUUCAUUUUAGUCAUAGGCGACAGAGUUCAGACAAAUAUCAAAGACAACUCAUGUUUUUGUAAAGUACCUAAAGUUCUUCUUGUGCUAAGACUAUGGCUCUGAAACUGAGUGAUGUCGGUGCAGCUGGUGGACAGACUCUGGCUGUCUCAGAUGGAGAGCUGAAUGCACUGGAGCCGGUGAAGCGCACAGGCACACAAUGCUCCAACAGUAACUCCAGCCUUCCCAGUGUGCCGAGCAGCAGGGCCAGCGGGGUGGGUCGGGUGGCCAGCUGGGCUGUCAGCUUUGAGAGGCUGCUAGAAGAUCCACUGGGAGUGCACUACUUCACUGAGUUUUUGAAGUCCGAGGUCAGUGUGGAGAAUAUUGUUUUCUGGCUGGCGUGUGAGAAUUUCCGCAAGAUACCAGCCAAUAAUACUGAAAAGCUGAGCAGGGAGGCUCUCUCAAUCUACAACAGUUACCUGUCCAAAUGUGCCAGCAGUCCUAUCAAUAUUGACGACAAGGUUCGAGUCGAUGAAAAGGAUAUGCAGCAGCCUCAUCCUGAAAUCUUUCAAAAAGCUCAGCAACAGAUCUUUAAGCUGAUGAAGUUUGACAGCUACACUCGCUUCGUCCGCUCACAGCUCUAUCAAAAUUGCAUGCUGGCUAAUGUGGAGGGAAGAUCCCUGCCAGAGCUCGGCCAGUGCCCUAAACCCCCCCUGACCACCAGACACAGCAGCCCUGCAACCAGGGAGCAGCAGAAAUUGAAAGAGAAAGCAAAAGUCAAGUUAGGUAAGACUGCAGGAGGAGAGACAGAUGAUGUGGUAGAGAGGAGGAAAAUCACCUUGCAAGGGAAGAUAAGCUGGGAGAAGCGCAAAGAGAAGAGAGGAUCCUGGGGAGAAUCACAAAUGACUGGGAGGCCUGGGAGACCUGGAUCUUUUCACAGUGCAGAGGUGGAACAGUUAAUUGCUCGUUCCACUGACUCUGCAAGUGAGUUAAAGAACAUGGCCGAUAAGUACUGCUGCGUGUUUUUGCCUGAUGGCACAGCCUCGCUGACCCCUGCCCGACCUGGUACCACUAUUCGUCGCAUGCUCACAGGCCUGUGUGAGAAAAGAGGACUUCCUCUGUCCGACAUCAUCAUCUACCUUCAGGGGAAAGACAAGCAACCACUUUCUCUGGACCAAGAUAGCUCGGUGUUAAAGGACCAGCAGGUUGUUCUGGAGCUGCGAGUGACUUUUGCUCUGGAGGUAGCGUUCACAGGUAAGAGUGUGGCUAUGGUGGUGAAAUCCAACAAGACCCUACAGGAGGCGUUGGCUUCACUUCUCCAAAAACACCGUCUCCAGCCCCAGGAUGUCUUCGUAACUAUGAAAGGAAGCCAAGAGCUGAUAAACAUGAACACAAUCGUCACCAACCUGGCCAGCAAGACACUAACCCUGGACAAAGUAAAAGGUAUGGACCAGGUCCUUGGCUCUAAGACAACUCCUGUCCCAGCUUUACAGGCACGCCGAGGCGCUGUGGAUGUUGAUCUGAGCACCGCAAGUUUUUAUCGAUCAAAUCCCAAACAGAAAAACCCUGCUAUGAGAAGAGCGUAUGAUAUGGAAGGUCUGGUGGAGCUGUUGAACCGAGCUCAGGGCUGCAGUGCCGAUGACCAGCGUGGCCUCCUGAGAAAAGAGGACCUGAUUCUGCCUAACUUCCUCCAGCUGCCUCUGGAGGAACGCGACGAAGAAGAGGAACAGCAGGAGGAGCAAAGGAGUGCAGAUCCUCUGGCAUUCAGGUCCACAGAAAGUCUAGGAGAACCCAAUUCAAACACGAAAGGAGAUGCGGAAAAUUCCUCCAUGUCUUCACAUUGCUCCACAGAGCCUGUAGACAGGAAGCUAACUAAUGAGUGUUCUAAUUCAGCUCGGGAAACAGUGGUAUGAGGGGGAGCUCUGCCAUAAUGGAUGUAUUUCUAUUUUGAGAGUGCUUGCUCUGAACAUGAAGGCUGCUUCGGUAAUGGAGGACACUUGGCUCAAAGACCUUUUUGGACUUGGUUGGAGGAAGGGAUGAGAUGUUUACAGUUCUUGUGAAUUAGCACAGUGUUCAGUAGAGUGUAUUUAUUUGAAGAUGAUUGUCAAAUGUUAAAUAUAUAUUGAUUGCUUUAAGAAA